CAGUCUGAGCGAGCGGCAACGGAAGAAGUUCUCGCAGGAACUAGACGACCUGAAAAGUCGCAGUUCGAGACGGUGGUGGCAGCUCUAUUAAUCCUCUUGUAUAUCUCACCAUCACGCACCACGGACCGGCAGCAGCCAUGGCCGACGUGGGCGUACAGGAAGGACGAUCGAAGGUGUCGAGAGGAAGCGCAACUGCCGUGGACGUGAGCUUGUAUGCGAGAUAUGCCCUGGCUGGCGCCUUCUGCUGCUCCUUCACCCAUGCCGUACUGACGCCAGUCGACGUCGUGAAAACCCGAAUCCAGCUUGAUCCGACUACGUACAGCAGGAGCCUUCUCAAGAGUGCACGGCAGAUCGCUUCCCUGGAAGGGCCCAGGACGUUGCUGACGGGAUUGGGCCCAACCGUUGCGGGCUACUGCCUCCAGGGUGCUUUCAAGUUUGGCGGAUACGAAUUCUUCAAAGCUCGAGCUGUCGAUUACCUGGGGUACUCUACCGCUGCCGACAAUCGCAAUGCUGUGUACCUCGCAUCCGCCGCGGCCGCCGAGUUCUUUGGCGACAUUGCUCUGUGUCCAUUCGAGUCCGUCCGAAUCCGGCUUGUAUCCCAACCCCAGUACGCCGACAACUUCGUGCGGGCCUUCGCGAAGCUGGCUAGAGAAGAGGGGUUCGGCGGUCUCUACUCCGGGCUGAGCCCGAUCUUGCUGAAACAGAUUCCGUAUACGAUGGCGACCUUUGUGGUAUACGAAAAGGCCAUCCAGGCCGCUUACAGUGUCAUAAAUCGAGAUGAGCUAUCGGCAGCGGGUGUCACAGGGAUUAACCUCGGCUCUGGGCUUGUCGCUGGUUUGGCAGCGGCCGUUGUCUCCCAGCCGGCCGACACGAUACUCAGCAAGAUCAACAAGGAGAAAGCGCAGCCAGGCGAGGGCACAGCUCGGCGUUUAUUCCGCAUUGCGUCUGGUCUUGGACUGCGCGGGGCCUACACCGGGAUGCGUGCUCGACUGGUCAUGGUUGGUGGGAUGACGGCGGUCCAGUUCGGUAUUUAUGGGGAUACCAAGAAGCUUUUCGGGGCAACCGACGGAGUGGAGCUGAGAUAGGUGCGGCGA